UGUUGCUUGAAAUAAUACACUUGUCUCAGGUGCGUGUCCUCCUCUGCCUGCUGAUGCUAACGCUCCGGAGUGGACCCCUCAUCUCAAAUACGUCGUCUGGACCGUGAAGAGACAUAGUCUACACACAACAAAUGAACAAAACAAUACUGCAUGAACUGCAAUAACAACAAUCUGUUCUGUAGAAACAAUGAUUGACUAUCAGUCGUUUCUUUCAAGCUCGUUGGGAAGUUGUGAAAAAACGCUAAAGGACCAGGAACUUAAGAAGACUUCAGAGUUUCUAUAUAUGCAGUCGACCGAUUAAGCCGGGAGCUCGGUCGAGCUUGAAAGUCUAUGCAAUAGGCUACAUUUUCUUUUGACAUCUUUUGACUCAGGGAUUUGGCGUUUUGAACGCCUGAUGUCUACCCAUUUUCCUAGGUUCUGUUUUGUCGUGGUGGGUACAUUCACGGGCUAAAGGAAAUUGUAUUUCUUUAACAUUACCCUGUUUUUGUUUUUGAAAAUGGAGAGCAAAUGAGAGGGGCAUUUCCCGGGAUUAAUUGACAGCACAACGACAGAGGGAUGAGGGGUUUCAGCGGAGGUGUAAUGUCGUGAUGCUGUUCUGUAGAGUGUGUUCAUCCCUCAAACCUCAAGGGAACCCAGGCCUCUCUGUACAAUGAGGGGUGAGAUUGGAAGAGAGGAAUUUCAGCGAUGAAUGCGGGAGAGAGACCUACGGAGCGUGUGCAGAAGGGUGCUGCUGUUGGCCGUCUGUCUGCUGUCUCUCUGGGGACAGCUGACCCUCGCUUCGUCACACAGAAGUCACAUAGUGCAUGUCAAAGCAGGGACCUGUGAAGUGACCGCCGCCCACCGCUGCUGCAACAAGAACAAGAUCGAAGAGAGAUCCCAGACGGUGAAAUGUUCCUGCUUCCCCGGACAGGUUGCCGGGACAACAAGAGCGGCCCCAUCUUGUGUGGACGCAUCCAUAGUUGCCCAGAAGUGGUGGUGUCAGAUGCAUCCAUGUAUGGAUGGGGAGGAGUGUAAAGUGUUGCCUGAUCUGAAAGGCUGGAGCUGCAGUACGGGAAACAAAGUGAAGACGACGAAGGUGGGUGCAUAAUGUCACGCGAUAGUGCUGUCUGUCCUGGAUCUGAAGACUUGGUGUCGUCAGUCAUUUCUUCCUUGACAGAAACCACUGGGUCUUCUUGGAUGUGAGAACUAUGUAUUGAAUGAUUUUGGGAAGGAACCAGGGACCACUAAGGGAACAUGGAAAACUCCUGAAAUUCUACCGAACGGAUGCAGAGCAGAGACUUGACCUGGAAAUAACAUAGAACCACCUAUCCAGACUACUGGACUACUGAAUACAUCCAAUCCCUAGCCGUUAUUGUAUCACCCACCAAAUUCCUGUUUGUGUUUUUUCCUCCAACGGACUACUACAGUAGGAGAUCCAACCUGCAAGGUAUUUAUUCAUUAAAAAGACAAACUGUGGAUUACGCAAGCAAGAUAAACCUUCAUUCGAAACAUGUGACGUGACAUUUUCAAAUCUUUUUCCUCUUUUUGUCACAGAGCUCAGUGACUCCAAAACAAGGUGUUUGUGUUCGAGAUCGAUUUUAGAUCAUAAGCAUUUCCAUUCCUUUUUAGCCUUAUGAAGCAGAUGUCUCUUCUUUUUAAGGUUUUUGAUUUGGAAAAAAAAUAUGAAGUGUUUUUGAGAACUUGAGACAUCAAAGGAGAUGGCACAGUAGAAAAAACAGUUCUAACUACUACGUUUCAGUGUUUUGAAUUAAAAGACACCAUCCCACUGGGCACAGACGUCAAUUCAACGUCUAUUCCAUGUCGGUUCAACGUAAUUUCAUUGAUUGGACGUGUAAACACUGUUGAUUUAACCAGUGUGUGCCCAGUGGGAUGGUUUCACCAAUCCAAUUAAAAUGACAAACUGAGCUCCAACUCUUUUACUAACUGUUUUACUAUCUGUUUUUAAAAGCCUGGUGACUAACAUUGAGUAAAAGUGUCAGUAUUAUCUCAAUAAACCUAUUUCAAAAGGA